UGUCAGACUUGUCAACUGCAGCUUUAACAAACCACAAAAAUGUGCCCUGGUGAUUUAGUGGAAUUGGUGACCGGUUUGAUGUCCCAUGUAAAAAUUACUGCAGCAGACUGUACUUUGAGCCAAUCGCUGCACAGUGAAAAAAGGAAACAGUAAAAGAUAAGGGAGGACUAUAUGGCUUGGACAUAUGAAUUGAUCCUGGUUGUACUGCUCUGGAUUCUGAAAAUCACAGAAGGACAAAAUGCUCAAGUCACCUGUGUCAUCUCUAAACGUUGCAUGCUUCCCUGCACCAUUGAACCCCAUGGAGGGGAUGUAGUGAUUCACUGGUACCAAGCUAAAAACAAUGACAAUCCAGUUCAUAGUUAUUAUCUAGGAAAGGACCAACCAUUUUACCAGGACUCAAGGUAUAGAGGAAGGACUUCACUAUUUACAGAUCUGAUAUCUCCUGGAAAUGCAUCACUCUCAUUAACUGACGUCAAGAUAGAAGAUCAGGGCAGGUACAAGUGUUACACCAGCACCACGAAGGGGAAUGACGAGCAAUUUGUGAAAGUAGAAGUGGAAGGUCCAUUCAAGUCAGUGGAUAUAACAUUGGUCACUGACACACUGACGUGCAGUUCUGAGGGCCUCUACCCGACUCCCACCCUCGUCUGGUCUACUGACCCACCCUCAGAUACACAGAUACAACCAGAGACGGCAGAGACACAAUCAAACGCCCAGGGCUUGUUCUCAAUAACCAGCAGUGUGAAGAAGACGUCCAACAGCACUUAUAUCUGCACUGUUACAGCAGGGCAGACCACCCAGACAUCUUCACUAAAACAGCAGAGCCUUAGUGCUAAGGAAGGUGAGGAUUUGAUCAUUCCCUGCAGUGUCCCAGGGGCAAAUGCAAACCUCAAGGACUUCACACUAACCUGGCUUUUCGAUGGGAACGCAAAGGUCCUCACCUUUGACAGUCGCACGUCUCAGAGUGAAGCGUACUGCCCGUGGAAAGGCCAUGUGAAGUAUACAGACAAAGAAACAGCAAUCACACUUCACAACCUGAAUGACAACACUUUGAGUGGGAGAUACAGCUGUGAAGUUGUUACAACCAAGUUCAGACACUUAGAAGAAACAGAAGUCUUUCUGCAGUCUGAAAGAGGCCCUGGAGGUCCUCACCCAGCUGCAAUAGCUGUACCUGUUGCUGUGGUAGUAAUAAUAAUUGUUGGCCUUGUAGGCAUAGUUGUCAAAAAAAAAAUAUGUGAUGCUACAGCUACAGCUUUUACAUCUGAAAACGACAAUACAGCAUGUGAGCUACAGACAGAUAAGCCGUCAUCUGAAACUGGCAAUGCAGAGUCACAAAAACUGACAAAUGGACAAUAAAUCUGAGAAUAACAGGAAAUAGUAAUGUGUUUAAAACCAGAACAUCAAGUCGUAUAUCCAGAACAAAGCAGAACAUCCAAAACCAACCAGAACUGCCAGGUGAGCACCAUCAAGAGACCGCCUGUCUGAGAGAAACAGUAUAGGCCUAUACUGUACAUCUCAGCAGGAGACUUUGAGACUUUUUGUUUAGUUUUUGGAACUGGAACAAAAUGAAGGAUUGUACAAUAUGCAAUAUAAUAUAAGGACCUGAGCUGUACAAAAAAUAGUUAUUGUAUGGAGAUGAGGGAGGAUAUAGUGACCAUUUCUGUGAGCUAUUUGUACAUUCACAACAGUUAGCAGGUCUGGGUACACUGCAUUACUGGGAGAGGGAGUUAAGUCAUUUAGAGAUGAAUGACCGCGUCGCAGGAAGUGCAUCAUAAUAAAGGGACGCCAGACCCUCUUGUAACAGCUGUACUCAGUGAUACUGCAGACUCGUAAAAUUAGUUAGAAAAUAA